GUUGGUUUUUAAUUUAUUUUUUUCUGGUGAAUUCAGAAGAGACUUGAUGAGCAGAACAAGCUGGUGCGGUUUGAGACCUGGUUCGGUCAACAUGGAAACCGAGCUUAGUAGUAGAGGAAGGGGUUUUGGUGGUAUUUUUGGCUCUGCAGCUAAGUCUAGAUCACCAAGGGUUCAACCUUCUGAUGAAGAUGUAGAGGAUCUUCUCCCCACUAAUACCCUAGGCAAACCUUCUGGAACUGUUCUGCCCUAUGUUGGCGUUUCUUGCCUUGGAGCCAUUUUAUUUGGUUAUCAUCUUGGGGUGGUAAAUGGUGCUCUUGAGUACCUUGCGAAGGAUCUUGGAAUCACUCAAAACACUGUACUACAAGGGUGGAUUGUCAGCACACUACUUGCUGGUGCUACUGUCGGUUCAUUCACUGGUGGAGCAUUGGCUGACAAAUUCGGCCGAACUAGGACUUUUCAGUUGGACGCAAUCCCUCUGGCAAUCGGAGGAUUUCUUUGUGCUACAGCCCAGAGUGUUCAAACAUUAAUCAUCGGUCGCUUGCUAGCUGGUAUAGGAAUUGGUGUUACAUCUGCAAUUGUACCACUGUACAUAUCUGAGAUUUCUCCUACUGAAAUUCGUGGUGCUCUUGGAUCUGUUAAUCAACUUUUUAUAUGUAUUGGGAUUCUUGCAGCACUAGUGGCUGGUUUACCUCUGGCAGGAAAUCCUACAUGGUGGAGGACAAUGUUUGGAAUUACUGUAGUUCCUUCUAUUUUGUUAGCACUUGGAAUGGCAAUUUCUCCAGAAAGCCCCCGGUGGCUUUAUCAGCAAGGGAAAAUCUCUGAAGCUGAAAAGGCUAUUAAAACACUGUAUGGAAAAGAAAGAGUUGCUUCAGUUAUGCAUGACUUGGCAGCAGCAAGUCAAGGUUCUUCUGAACCUGAAGCACGAUGGUUUGAUUUGUUUAGUAGCCGAUAUAGGAAAGUUGUCAGUGUAGGGGCAGCACUUUUCUUGUUCCAGCAGUUUGCUGGAAUCAAUGCCGUGGUAUAUUACUCAACUUCUGUUUUUCGCAGUGCUGGAAUUGCUUCGGACGUUGCCGCAAGUGCCCUGGUUGGUGCAUCAAAUGUUUUUGGCACUAUUGUUGCUUCCUCCUUGAUGGACCGGCAAGGAAGGAAAAGCCUCCUUAUCACAAGCUUUAGUGGGAUGGCUGCUUCUAUGUUGCUGCUUUCUCUGGCUUUCACUUGGAAGGUCCUUGCACCAUUCUCUGGCACACUAGAGGUCAUCGGCACUGUCCUCUAUGUCUUAUCUUUCUCUCUUGGUGCCGGUCCCGUGCCUGCCCUUCUUCUACCAGAGAUAUUUGCAUCUAGGAUCAGAGCAAAAGCAAUUUCUUUAUCAUUAGGCACACAUUGGAUCUCCAACUUUGUCAUCGGACUCUAUUUCUUGAGUGUUGUAGACAAGUUUGGCAUCAGCACCGUGUACUUGGGGUUCUCUACUGUGUGUCUUCUUGCUGUCUUGUACAUUGCUGGUAACGUUGUGGAAACUAAAGGUCGUUCAUUGGAAGAAAUAGAACGUGCUCUUAGUCCUGCUAGUUAAGGUUGUUCAGAAAUGCACUUGGUCGUGAAUUCUAAUUGCUGGUGAAAUUAAGGGCCCUUUAUUCAAAGCUUAACAAUGUGAUUAGAUUGUGUAAAACAGAGAUUCUUGUUUAUAGAUUUUUAUAAUUUUAUAUAUGAGAGAAGCUAAUUUGGUUUUUGUUAUGA